AGAAUACAAACCUUUCUCACCAACCGAUUGCAAUGAAGCUUCAAAAAGGAGGAAGAGAUGGUGCAGCGGGAAGAGGAACGAUGGAAGAAGCCAAAAUAAAAAUGGCAAAGACAUACCAAAUAGUGCUAGCAGGGAGUUCUUGGGGAGUUAGAAACACCUUUCAUUCUCUUGUAGCCAUCUUAACCACUCUUGUAGUUAUCACUACCAUUUAUCUAAGAAAGGAUGGAGGACAUGUAUCUCCAAAAAUAAAUGCCUCUAGUAGUAAUUCGUCAUCAUCAUCAAAGUGUGACUUGUUCUCUGGUAAGUGGGUUUUUGAUAACGAAUCUUAUCCAUUAUACAAAGAGAAGGAGUGCACGUUCAUGUCAGAUCAAUUGGCUUGUGAGAAGUUUGGAAGGAAGGACCUGAGUUACCAGAACUGGAGGUGGCAGCCUCACCACUGUAAUCUUCCCAGGUUCAAUGCCACAGCGUUGCUUGAAAGGCUAAGGAACAGGAGGCUUGUGUUCGUGGGGGAUUCACUCAACAGAGGCCAAUGGGCUUCCAUGGUUUGCCUAGUUGACUCUAUACUGCCCAAAACCCUCAAAUCCAUGCAUUCCACUGCCAAUGGUUCUCUAAACAUUUUCAAGGCCAAAGACUACAAUGCAACUAUUGAGCACUAUUGGUCUCCAUUGCUAGUAGAAUCAAACUCAGAUGACCCAGUGAACCAUAGGGUACCAGAACGAACAGUGAGAGUGAAGGCUAUUGAAAAGCAUGCCAGGUACUGGACUGAUGCAGACUUUCUGGUUUUCAACACUUAUCUCUGGUGGAGAAGGCCUGUAAUGAAUGUUCUGUGGGGAUCAUUUGGAGACCCAGAUGGAGUCUACAAAGGGGUUGAAAUGUUGAGAGUCUAUGAAAUGGCCCUGAGAACCUGGUCCGAUUGGUUGGAAGUACAUGUCAAUCGGAACAAGACCCAUUUGUUUUUCGUUAGCAUGUCACCCACUCAUGAAAGGGCUGAGGAAUGGAGAGCAGCUAAGGGUAACAAUUGUUACAGCGAAACAGAUAUGAUAGCAGAAGAAGGCUAUUGGGGGAAGGGAUCUGAUCCUAAGAUGAUGCAUGUGGUGGAGAAUGUGAUUGAUGAUUUGAAAGCCAGAGGCUUGAAUGUUCAAAUGCUCAACAUCACUCAGCUCUCAGAAUACAGAAAAGAAGGACACCCUUCUAUCUACAGGAAGCAGUGGGAUGCUCUAACCCAAGAACAGAUAGCAAACCCAAAUAGCUAUGCAGAUUGCAUACAUUGGUGUCUCCCUGGUGUGCCUGAUGUUUGGAAUGAACUUCUUUAUGCCUAUAUUUUCCAUCAAUAACAUAUGUUUUAACAUUGAAAGCUUGCAAAAUAGUAUUUUGUGUUAAAAUGACACAUUUAUUCUAUCUUUUCAGGCUAUUUAAUCAAUGAUUUGACAAUCAAUUAUACUGUAAAGCAUGCACUUUCCUUUUUCCUUUAACAUGUUUAAGGGACACCAUUAAUAUCUAAAAACAUUUUUACA